CUCUUUCCCUUUCGCCACUUCUAACUGGAAAAACAUAAUGCCUCGCUAUGGAUGCUUCAACCUUCAUUGCAUACGAAAGAAAUGCCCUAUUAAGAAUGAUCAUGUUGAGGAGGAGGAUGAUCAUGUUAAGGAGGAGGAUCAGCUUGUUGAGGAGGAAUGCUCCGUGAAGAAUGAUCUUCUUGAUCUCAGUUGGGAGGACCUGAAUCUGUUUACGCGUCAAUUUUCUCCAGAGAAUCUUAUCGGACUCACCCAGUUUGGGAAGCUCUAUCGUGGGAAAAUGUCCAUUGGUUCUGAUCAAGAUAAAAUUACCAAGGAUGUGGCUGUCAAGAUUAUGGUUGAUGAAAUGCGACAUUUUGAUGUUAGCUAUGACAAACUGACAAGAUUAAAGGAUGAACUGAAAUUUUUGCAAGCUCCAAGGUUUAGGGGCAAUCCCAACUUAGUGAAAGUGAUUGGAUGUUGUCGCGAGGGGAGAACUCUGGGUAUCGUUUAUGAUCUAAAUCCACAGGACACCUUGCAUAACUUCAUUAUUCGAGAUGACUUCAAAUGGCUGCAGAGGGUUAAGACUGCCCUUGCAUUAGCUAGCUUGCUUAAUUAUCUGCAUGAUGGGAAUUCGUCAUACAUGCUUCGCAACUUUGAUCCAGCUCACAUAGCGGUUGAUCAGAUACAAUAUUGUAACUAAAUUUUGUCGUUUACU